CCUUUCUAACCACGCCUACCGCCAAUGACAUCACAGUCCACACAGCCCGGAUUCCAGUUUUUGCAAUUGCUUUACAUUAUAUAUUUAGAUUUUUUUCGUCGACAUCUAGCCACGGCAUGAUUUCACUGGGUUAACGUACACUGGUUAAAUAUAUUCAACGUAAGAAACCUACGUCUGUUUAAUCGUCAGAGCCUACGUAAGGAUCUGAGGUAUCCAGUGGAAAAUGAGAGGCGAGUUCAGCGUCCAUCAUCAGGGAGACAGACUUCGAGAAUGGGACCUAUCGCUAAUGUUAUGAAGAUAAAGAUAUUGUAUUUAGUGUACUGUAACUAACGAUGUCCAAUUCACUUAAGCCAUAUUAGGAAGACUAUUGGAUUUUCUGACUGAAAACGUAGCCUACCAUCUUUUUACAGGUUUCAUGGAUGCUACUGGCUCCAUCCGCAAGAUGUUGCCUUGUUUGUGGAGAGCCUUUCGACCAACCCUAACUCUGAGGACUGGAAUAUGUCCCGUUCCCGUGCGUGGGAACAGUUCACCUAUCUAUCGCAAUACUACGUCCGGUAUCCAAGUCUCUCACUUAGGUACCCAUCCAAUGAAGGAGCCGAUGGAGCCUUUGACCUCUCCGGAUGGAGCCCGGGAUUUUAUUUAUAGCCUUCAUCCAACGGAGAGAACAUGCCUUUUGCGAGAACUCCACCGCUUCGAGUCUAUCGCUAUGGUUCAAGAGCAAUUGGAGAUGGCACCUCCAACCCCUGCACAACUUAGAUACGUCAUUUUCCACAAUGCUCUUCCCUUCGUUGGGUUUGGAUUCUUCGAUAACGCCAUCAUGAUUGUUGCAGGGACCCAGAUUGAACUUUCAAUAGGCGUCGUCCUUGGGAUCUCCACUAUGGCAGCUGCGGGCUUUGGAAACCUGGUAUCAGAUCUGGCUGGACUGGGUCUUGCAGGUUAUGUGGAAGCUAUGGCCGCCAGGAUGGGUAUGAAGAUACCGGAAAUGAGCCCCAAACAGUCAGACAUGUGGCAGACACGAGUCAGCUCUCAUUCCGGAAAAGCCAUUGGAGUAGCCAUAGGCUGCAUCCUGGGCAUGUUCCCCCUUCUCUUCCUUAGCGAUGAGAAGAAGGCUGGAAAGGACAGUACUCAGGCCUCUGUGGACUCCAAAGCUAGCUGAAUAGCCUUUCCAUGGCUACCUUUUUAAGGACUUGCCUGUAAAGAGAAGAAGACUACUGUGCACAUAAAGAAGAGCAGCAUAGGUCUCGAACAGCCAACAUAAUAUAGAUAGAUUCAAUUAAACUCCAAUACUACAUGCAUGAUUUUAAUGACAACCUUUACAUCUCAAUCUCAUAAUCUCUAACAUUUUAACAAUUUUUUUAAAUAUCAAAUAGGAGCACAAAACUCUGCCACCUUUGUCUGAAUUGUAUUUACAUGAAGUGUACUGUGCAAUCUAGAAAUAGCCUUAUUAGCUCCUUUAUUUUGAGCUGUUCUAGCCAGCAUGCUACUGGAAUUAGUGUAAAAUAGGAUAGACGUGAAGCUUAUGAGCAGUUUUUAGAGUAGAAUUUAAACAUGUCUGUGUGACUUCCAAAUACAUCAUGGAAACAUCUGCUGUAUAGUGCUUUAUUUGCUGUGCAAGAAUGUUUAUAAACAUUAAAUAAUAAUCAGACA